AUGUCUGAGGAGAUGACCACAGAAGAGCUCCCUACUGUUCAGGCCAAGUACGAGUACUGCUAUGCUGCCUACGAGCAGUGUGCAGCUCUGUUAGGGUGUCGAUUACCUCCGUGCGACACCGAAGUCUUCGGAGGCGAUUACACUCGCUGGCCCACCUUCCGGGAUUUAUUCACAGCCCUCUAUAUACAGAACCCGAGACUGUCGGAAGUUGAGAAACUUUUCUAUCUCAACUCCAAGACCAGCGGUGAAGCCCAUGCCAUUGUGUCAAAAUCUCCUUUGACAAAUGAAGGGUUCCAGUCGGCGUGGUCCAGCUUGACUGAGCGUUUCGAGAACAAACGGUUGCUCGUAAACAGUCAGCUGAGAAUUUUGUUCAAUUUGCCCACCAUUGGGCAAGAGUCGGGUUCCUCUAUUCAGGAGUUGCAGAGCACCAUUCAAGGGUGUCUGACAGCCUUAGAGCACUCGAAAAUCGACACAGAGAAUUGGGAUUGCAUCCUGGUUUUCUUGUGUUCUUCGAGGCUCCCCAAGUUGACCCUUUCUCUUUGGGAACAGUCAAUCCAAAGCAAGAGCGAGAUUCCUACGUGGGUUGACAUGAACGCUUUUCUUCUAGAGCGCCAUCGCACCCUAGAAGCGAUAGCGGAGGUGUCAUCCAGCACGAACGCUCCGACGGUUCCAAGAGCCUCACCCAAGAAGGCCCCCGUCUCCAGGCAGGUCAACUCUUUUAUGACCAUUAAGACCCAGACCUGCAAUUUCUGUUCCCGGGAGAAUCAUCCGAUUCGAUUGUGCCCUCGCUUCCUCCAGAUGGGUGUCAAUGAAAGGGUCAACCAUAUUAAGCAGCAGAAGCUGUGCUUAAACUGUUUCGCACGAGGCCAUGUCCAGGCCGACUGCACAAGUGCGCACAACUGUUUAACGUGCAAGGGUCGUCAUCAUACACUCUUGCAUCGAGUCAACCCGACGCCGACAGUCACUAAUCCUACUCCUAAUAUACAGUCCACUCCUUCCCAGUCAGCUAAUGUGCAAUCAUUCCUGGCAGUUAACACACAAGGUGUUCUGCUGAGUACAGCUGUUGUACAUAUUUGCCAUCACGGCGUUCGGCACACAGCACGGGCUCUGAUCGAUUCCGGAUCAGAGGCUACCUUCAUUUCUGAACGAUUGUUCAAGCGCUUGAGGAUGCCAUACACAUCCGUUCAAGCCCACGUCUCUGGGCUGACUCAAGUUGUAGCAGCCCAGCCCGAAAAGCAUUGCCAAUUCCUAAUUGGCUCCCCGUUGCGACCAGAUCUGCAGAUUGAGGCAUCGGCUUUCGUCCUUCCGCAAUUAGCAGGAAAACUGCCCUCAUGCGCUGUCCCACAAACCAUCCUCGACAAUCUGCCAAGCAUUCCGCUGGCCGACCCCAAGUUCUAUGAGAGUUCGCAGAUAGACGUGUUUUUAGGCGCGGAUAUCCUCCCAUCCGUUCUUCUCGGCGGCUCUCGUCCGAACGUUUGUGGGACCCUCAUUGGUCAAGAGACCAUUUUCGGUUGGAUCCUGACCGGCCCAUUGUCGGAAUCCACUUCUAACUCCAUCUCGUCCUUUUCGACUCGACUGUCCGUCGAUCGAACUCCUACGAUCGUUUUUUCGGCUCGACUUUCCGUCGAACGAAACUUCGCCAUUGGUCCUGUGACGGGACCCCAUUCAAAAUCGGUUCCAACACCUUCGGCUCGACUGUCCGUCGACCGAACCUAUACGAUUGAUCCUGUGACAGGACCUCCCUUAGAGCCUCUUUCAGCUCGACUGUCCGUCGAACGAUCCCGGACGGAGACGCAGUCUUCCUCUGCACCGAUGGCACCGGUCACUCCGCGUGGGGUUUCCGUGCCUCCCGGCACACCCUCGCACCAGCCCAGGAGCCGACGCGACCACCCGGCACCCUCCAGAGAAGAACCACCAAGGACGUCCCGUGUCCACGUUUCCCAGGCCGGCAUCCACCAGGCCGGCAUCCACAGGCCCACUUACCCACGCACCCGGCCCGUGCCUAGCUCCCGCAGACGGCACUUUCCAGUGCAAAGGAGUGAGCAUACUCCCCACCGCGGCGAGUUGGAUCCGUGUUGUCCAGUAAGCCGCAUCAGCGAGUCGUUGCCAGGGGCCUUGGGCCUCUCCAUCACUCGCAUGGGCGCUGAAGGAGUCUGCACGGCGUCGUUGCGCUCCAAGACACACCCACGCUAUCUAUCCUGA